AAUAAACCGCUACUUCAAGUAGCGGUUUUUGUUUAAUAAACCGCUACUUCAAGUAGCGGUUUUCUAGCAGGUAUAAUUUCCUGAUUUCACUUUCCUCUUUCAUUUUCGUCUUCUCACCAAAAUCCCAUCCACGCCUUCCACCAAAAUCACACCUCCUUCAACGGAAGCCGGCGCAGCCAAGGAAUCCACCGACGCCGCCGGAGCAUUCCUCAGCAACGAAGGCCGCCGCUGUUGACGCCGAGGGUUCGACUUUAGUGGUCGGCUUCGCUAAUUUCAGAAGAAACGUGCUGAUCUUCUUGUUUGUGAAUGAAACAUGGAGGUUCCGAACUACCCUCUAUAUUGCUAUUGGGGUGGAGAAAUUGUCCACAAAGAUAGCGAUAUAACGUAUAGGGGUGGGAAUCAAAAAUUUGUGUUUGUACAUUCUGCGAUGACAUAUUCACAAGUUCUGAACAAGCUAUAUGAAGAAUUGAGUGUUGAUCCUAGAGGUGUGGAGUUGAAGGUGGUUAUGCGUUAUCCUAUGGCUGGGGCAUAUGUUGCAAUUCCGUUAAAUGACGACAACGCUGUUAGAGCUAUGUGGAUUGCUGUGACUCAGAGUUCUUCUGUUGCAAUGCAAUUGUUCAUUGAACAAGUUCCAAAGGAGCCAGUUGUGCAAACUAACACUGGUUCCUUUCCGGGGAUGGAUUUUUUUGGUAGUGUGGAUCAACCGUUUUCCACUGGUGUUCAAAGUGUGGGCAUAGGGUCAUUCACAAGAAUGCUUGUUGAUCCACAUUAUGUCAAUGACCAUCUCUCACAGUUUAGGUCUCCGGCCUCAUCGCCUAAUGUUGGAACCUCGACAAGCACACAACCACAAGGCAUUCUUGAUUCUCUUGACCCAAACAAUGUUGAUGUAUUUGGCGAUGCAGAGAUGAAUGACACUGAUGAAGAUGAUGAUGAAGAGGUAAUUGAAGCUCUUGAUAAGGCAAUUAAAGGAAGCGCCCCCACUUCAGACUUCAAUGAAGUGGCGCAAGUUGAUCCUCGUUUGAAUAACUCAUGGAUGUCUUGGUUAGGAAAUGAGACAUAUAACAAUGGGGGAGAAUUUGAGGUUGGUCAGCAGUUUGACUCAUUGCAACAACUGAAAGAUGCUGUGAAAUCUUACUCCAUAGCUAGAAAUCAAACAAUUCGAGUUGUGGAGGCAGAGCCAGAGAAAUAUGUUGUUGAGUGCAAGAGGAAAGAACAAUGUAGUUGUUCGUGGAGGCUUAGAGGAGUGAAAGAUCCAACACUCUCUACGUUUAAAAUUGUGAGGUACAACGACCCUCAUGCAAGUAACUGUGUUGGUGACAUCGACUCGGGAGAUCAUAAGCUACUGACUUCCGAGUUCGUUUGCAAUGCUCUUCUAGAUGUCAUUCGCGUUGAUCCUUCAUUGAAAAUCAAGACAAUGGUGCAACUUGUGAAAGAGAAAUUUGAUGGAUUCCAAAUAACCUACAAGAGAGCAUGGCUAGCAAAACAAAAGGCAAUAAAACUCAUUUAUGGGGAUUGGGAGGGUUCAUAUGAACAGUUGCCUAAGUACAUGCAAGCUCUCAAGGAAUCAAAUCCUGGAACUGUUGUUGAGUGGAGGUUGUUAGAGUGUACGGUUCCUGGAACACAUGUUUUUCAACGAGUCUUUUGGGCAUUCAAGCCAUGUAUUGAUGGAUUCCGUCACUGCAGACCCCUUUAGU